AUGUGGGCAUACUCCAUUCCGGUUUUCAACUUGGUGUAUGAUGUCUUGUUGGACCAUACGCCGGAGUGGGACCAGAUUGUGGCGAUGAUGAAGACCUUUCUCUUUUUGGCCGGCUUGCUUAUGCAGAUGGCGCUCAAAGUCUUGCUGCUGUUCCCAUACGAUGAGGCCGCAAUCGUACAGCAAAGGAGCUGGCUUGGGACCUAUGAAAGCUAUGAGUUUUGGAGCCAUGCGGCAUGGCUGCUCGGUACAUGUGGCCUCGCCACCUUCUUCUACGUGGCGCAGUUUGCGGCGAUGACCUCCUUUAAAAGGGAUCCGGAAGACACCGAGAUCAAUCGGAGCGCUCUUUCAGGUUGGUGGUAUUGGGCUCGCUGGUGCAUUGUGCUCUUGCUAGUGGAUGCACUGUGUGCAGGGCUGGCGAUCAUCAAAUCCGCCCAGGAGGCUUAUGUUCUACAGCAUUCCCACACAAGAGAAGUGGCACAAGAGUUGUCAGCUGCCUUCCUCCCGAUGACUUGGACAGUGCUCCCCCUUGGGAUACUGCUUCCAAUCGUCAUACUGUCCGUGUCACUCAUGCGUACGCAGAGCUACUCCAAUUCUCUUGUGGGUGCAAGAAGUGACCACAACGAGAGCGAUGUCAAGGUCAGUGCUAGGCUGUACAGGGUCGCAGGUAUAAACGUCCUAUAUGACCUCUUUUUUGACAAGCCUCCGGCAGUGAACCAGAUCGCUGAGAUGCUCUACAUCUUUGGGGUGCUAAAUGCUUUCUUGCUUUCCAUCCUUCUACCUCUCCUGAUUAAGUUUGGAGAGCCAGAUGACGUGGACUUGGCCCGGAGUCGCGACUGGGUCGGAAGCUAUGACAGCCACGGAACUACAGCUCUUUGGGGCUAG